AUGGAGAGUCGCGAUUCUGGGUACUUACGUCGCUCCGUGUCGGCCGUUUCAACGGCUAGUGUUUGGACGGAGAGGACUCUUGUAGGGAUGGGCCUGAGUAGAGAGCAUACAGCGUCGAAUAAUCGCACAGCCAACGCCAACGUCGAAACUUCCGAAACCCUUCCUUUGCGACACUGGAGAGCUUUAGGGCCGGAGCUAGAUAACGACCAAAAUCAUGAAGAGCACAUAAAUGCGACCGAGGACCGCGACCGCGGAAAUGUGAUCACCAAGACACAUACUUCGAAAAGCAUUAAUCUACUGACUAUAUGGUGGCUUGAAGCGGCAUCAUGUCUCUUAGUAGUUGCGAUGAUUGUCGCGCUUGUAGGCACAAUAUGCCCUUACCAAGACCGGCCUCUACCCCGGUGGCCGUCCAUCCUUUCAAUAAAUAGUGUGUUCGCUUUCUAUUCUGAAGUUAUGAGGGCGGCGAUGAUCCUCGUUCUGGGUGAAUGCUUAAGUCAGUUGAAAUGGAGCUGGUUUGCCAAACAACCACGUCCCUUGGGCCAUUUAGAACAUUACGAUAAUGCAUCUCGCGGGCUGUGGGGAUCUUUCGAAUUAUUAUGGGCUAUACGGCUGAGGGCCCUAUUGCCAUCUAUAGGUGGAAUAAUGAUGAUCCUGUCUUUACUUCUAGUCCCAUUCACACAACAGAUACUCCGAUUCUAUUCGUGUUCGGUUCUGGAUACUUCCCGCAAUGCGUCCAUUCCAACGACACACUUCGCUUCGGCCGGGCUCUCGUUCCAUGUUGGCGCAGGGUUGAAUGCCAUAAAACCGGCAGUGCAGGCCCAAUUGAGUAGCGGAAUAUACGAUACCAAUCCGAAGCAAGUAUCAUUUAACUGCCCAACGGGAAAUUGUACUUUUGAUGGCUUAUAUCACUCAGCAGGAUGGUGUAGCCAUUGCGAUGACGUUUCCAACCAACUAGAAAUAUACCCUUCCGAUAUUUCGUCAAUGAACUAUACUUUGCCCUCAACGAAUCUGACAGCAGUGCCGGGUAUAUAUACCUUUGUGAUGGCCGGGGAAAGCCCAAUACAAGCUAUACUAGGGUUCGGCCAGAACCUAUCAAACACGCCGUGGGGUGUACGGGGUUAUGGGGCUGCAGAGUGCACUAUAUCCCCGUGUGUAAGGAGUUAUACGAGUACGGUGGAAGGCGGCAACUUCACGGAGACGCUUGUGUCUACAUCUCAAACCUGGAGCGACGGUCUGUAUUGGCUAAGUUCCAUAGACGUACCAUGCCUGACCACUACCGAGAAGCAGGCCCUUCACACCGCUGGCUAUCAAUUUGACUCGGAGAAGACGCAAUGGCUGGCGUAUAACCUGUCGGUAUAUGCCGAAGAUGCUUUCAAUCCAACGAUUCUUAAUGAGACGAAUACAACAAUACGACCAGAAUGUAUUUAUCAAACCGAUCAUGGCCAUUCAGAGAGCCUCAACUUUUUUCUUAAUUCUAUGUUUACUGGGACCGUUGCCUUUGCGGUAGAAGUGAUCGGUGGCCCUCCAAUCCUCCAGGCCAUUUUUCAAGAGGGCAAUGUUACGUUUUCCACGAUUGACGACGCUUUUAGUCGCUUAGCUCAAGCGUUAACCGUGUGGACGCGCGAGGACAGUGGCCAGAACGUAACGGGACAGAUAUUCCAGAGUGAAACUUGUGUCGGCGCCCGAUGGGCCUGGCUCGCAUACCCGCUCGCUAUGGUACUUGGGAUGAUGGUAUUUCUCAUAUGGACAAUUGACCACACGAGACGAAACGAGGGCAGUAGGCAAGAUUAUAAGUCUUCACCCCUCGCUUUAUUAUUCCAUCCACUAGGAACUUCGGGUAGUGAAGGCUCGGUCUCGAGUAUUGCGAGCAGAAGCGAGCUGGAGAGGAAAGCAAAGUCAAUGAAGGUGAUGUUCCAGGGCGCGGAUGAGGUAUGGCGCUUUAUUGAGACUGACCAGCCGAGCAAUCCGAAAGUGAGGUGAGAGAGAGGGAGCAAAUUCUAGCCAUGAAGCGUCUAAGUAACGUACCUUAAUAUCACGUCUGCUUAGAUCGGCUAGUCAAGAACUCCAAAUAGUCACCACGAAUAAGGAUUCUCCGUUUUCAACAAAAUUUUCCGACGAUCAUAUCUCGGCCUCACAAUGGGUUGGGUGGGUGGUGUUACUCAGUCUGACAUG